AUGGGUAUGCGUUUCUUGCAAGCAGGCGCCAGCGCUACCCAAGCCGUUGAGGCUUCGCUUCGAAUCCUCGAGGACAGGGACAUUACGAACGCCGGCUACGGAUCGAACCUGUCUAUUGACGGCACUGUGGAGUGUGACGCGACCGUUGUUGAUCACCUUGGGCGUAGCGGUGCUUGCGGUGCCGUUCCCGGCAUACGCAAUCCGAUUUCUCUGGCAAAGCUUAUUCUCGACAUGAGCAACCUACCACUCAGUCUGCAUCGAGUUCCGCCAAAUGCUCUGGUCGGCGAGGGGGCCCGCAUGUUCGCCGUCGAGAAUGGCAUGGCCACGUAUGCCAACGAACACCUUGUGUCCAAGAACGCGAGGGACCGGUUCCUUCGGUGGAAGGAAGAUCUUCACCAUACUGAGGCAAGAUCUAGACCCUCUGCCACUCAAGGACAUAGCACGGGUUCGGCACUGGAUUUGCCAGAGUCCCAACCUGCGGAAAGCCCCGAGUUUUCCAAAGAUCAUGACGCCGCAGUUGAGGCCGGCACCUGGAACGAAGGACAGCCGGACUCACCCUGUAAUGAGAAAUACAUUUCCAACAAGUUCCGCCCAGCAGGAGUCGCCGCCAUAGCCGACUCUCGAGUCUCUAUCCCUACAGCCGCAUCUGCGGACCGUUCCCAAUCACACGCCUCUUCUGACCGACCAUGGUCUAUCAGCAUUGAAGAGUUGCCUCGCUCCCAAAGUGAGUCCGAACAGAGAGAGCCUGCUCCCCAGGCCGGCCUUCAACAAAACUAUCACGGGAGCCUACAAUCUGUGUUCCGGCCAGAUCAGUCUGAUGGUAUCCAGAGCACGUCUUCGUCGAUUGUACAGCAACCUGGCGAGCCACGGGGCACUAAGCGGCCCGCGAGCUCAACGGACGAGGCACCAUCGGCGAGAUAUGGCCUCCCACUUCUCUCACAUGCUGAUGAUUUGAUCACUGAUACUGUUGGCGCCAUCGCCAUCGAUUACAGGGGCUACAUUGCCGCUGGCUCAUCGUCUGGCGGGAUCGGCAUGAAGCAUCGAGGCCGUCUGGGCCCCGCGGCGCUUGUAGGCAUUGGAACGGCUGUCGUGCCCUGUGAUCCGGAUGAUGAAGAGGCUGUUUCCGUUGCUACUGUAAUCAGCGGCACAGGCGAGCACAUGGCGACGACGAUGGCUUCUCAACGCUGCGCUGAGCGUAUCUACCACGGAACUCGCAAGGGAUCCGGCGGCAAGGACGUUCCGGAGGAGGACGACGAUGUUAUCAUGGAGUCCUUCAUCGCCAAUGACUUCAUGAACCAUACUGGCGUCAAGAACUGUCCUUCAGCUGGCGCCAUUGGUGUCAUGACGGUCAAAAAGACUCGGAGUGGAUAUUACUUCUACUUUGCGCAUAACACGGAAUCUUUCGCGCUGGCUUCAAUGGGGGGCAAUGACAAACGGCCCGUCUGCACCAUGUCACGUUUGUCUCAAGGUGCUGAUAUCACGAGAGGAGGGCGCAAGAUUCGCUUGGACUGA